AAAUAUUUGUCUGUGAUCAAACCAAUAAAAAGUAAAAGUGUCAUCGCAACUUUUUUUUUAUGUUAUGGUUUAGAUGGGCUCGCUGUAAUUUCCAAAUUUAUUCAGAAUUUUAAUUAAUGAAAAGAACACAGUGGAAAUGUCUUCAGAAAUCAACAAGAUUUGUCCUCCUAAUGAUUGCAUUGAAGAAAGUUUUGCUGAUAAUAUAGGCAUCAAACUUGAGGAGGGCCAUGAACAGGAUUUAGAAGUGCACUCGACAUUCCACGUGAAAUCCGAGGAGCCUGAGUAUUCCUUGCAAAAUGAUCCAUUCAAUGAGAAUAUAAUCUCGGAACCUUCAAACUCUUACAUCAAUGACAUCGCAGCACAAAAAGACAAUGUCUUAAAAACAUUAGUUGAAAACAUACAAUUAGAGAUUAAACAAGAAUUUGAGGCAACACACGAAGAUGAAGCGAUCAGCCAUGAGAUCAAUGACACAGUUAAUGUAACAAAUAAAGAAGAUGAGUUAGAAAUUAAAGAGGAAUUUGUGCCUGAAUUAGAUUUAGAAGUAUCUAACAAAAAGAUAGACAAUAAAAGUGCUCUCAUUGAGAACUCUGAUGAUGCAAAUAAUGUGAAUGCUGUUAAACUUGAACCAUCAAAUGAUGGCAAUUCUUUUGUGUCAUAUGAUUUUCCCCAGUUUGACUCAGCUAGUGUAGACAGUAGUGAUGGCAGUUUUCUUGGACACUUGGACAACUCAUUGCUUGAAGAGAUCAAAAGUGAAAAUGUGGAUUUUGAACAACUUCACCAAGACAAGGAGUAUGAAAACUGCAAUAUUAAGACUGAAACAGAUUUAACUGUAACUGAAACUCACUUGAUAUCCAACAAAUUGAUUAACACUACAUCAACAAUCACGCAUCCACAGCAUGGCAUCAUCGAGUCACAAACCACACGCACUCUAGUCAUGGAAAUCCUCCCAAUGACCAUGUAUGAUGGUAAAAUAAGUGGUGGAAACCCAGAGGAAAUACUGCCAACCACCAAUGAACCAUCAUGUGCGGAAGACAGCUUUCAAUUGAACUCUAUAACAGGAGAUGCCCCUCCGCUCACAGAGUAUGGCCUGCUCAACUCCGCCAGCACUGCUAAACUCAAGGAAGAGAAGGUAGUGUACUGUCCCAAGUGUCCUAAAGUGUGCAAAAACAUUGUAGCCCUCCGCAGACACUUGAAAAUUCACGACAGCAUAGACCGAUACAAGGCGGGGCGCGAGCGCGGCAGGGCCAACCGCAGAGAGAAAAAAAAUAAACCAACAUGGGCCUGGGUGGAUGAGACACAGGACACUCAGGACAGCGACGAAGAUAAGGCCACUUAUACAUGUACUUGCGGCAACAAGUUUACCCGCCACAGCCGCAUGAAGACCUGCUUUAACUCACACGAUGAGGGCGAGGGCACCGUCACCUACCCCUGCACCACCUGCGCACAGAAAUUCAAGACCAAAGACAGGCUAGACGCACAUAGAAAGAGCGUGCAUAGAAAAAGAAAGUUCCCGUGCAAAUUCUGCCCCACAGACUACGACACGCGCAAGGAACUGUUCAAACAUCUGCGGAAACAUCAGAAGGUGCAACUUAUGGAGUUCAAGAUCAUGUCCGAAAUUGUGGAAUCGAAACAGAAACUCAAGUGCAUCAUGUGCAACAAAAGUUUUGAUGAACUUUCAGAACUGAAAAGCCACGUGAUGGGCUAUCAUAAAGCCCCUUUCAAAUGCACUCAUUGUAAGGAGAGCUUUUCCAAAAUAGACGAUCUGGCGACACAUUGCAAGACUGCUCAUCCAGACGUGAAAGGGCAGUCUGUGUUGGACGCCCUCGAGGCUUUCUCCAAAUUGGCGCAGGCGUGGAAGUGUGAAGAGUGUAAUCUACAGUUCAAUAAAGCUGAAGACCUCGGGCUGCAUCAAGUAGAGAACCACAGAACCGAGGUGAAGGUGAAAACGGAAAUAGAGCAAUUCCAGUGUGUAGAUUGCAGAAGAGUUUUCUGCAGCAACAAAAGUUUGAACUCUCACAGAAGAGUCCACCACAAUGUAGAGUCUACUGAAGACGCGCCGGUAGAGCCUGAAGGCCCACUUUGCGUGCACUGUCGUAAAAUAUGUAAAGAUGAAAACGCGUUGACAUCGCACAUGAGGUUUCACUCGUCCGAGCGAAAGUACCCGUGUAAAUUCUGCGAUUUUAGAUUUGCAACUGUCGAAAAGAGGAAGACUCAUGCAGAGAUCCACACGGGCAGUAUGCGGUAUGUGUGCUUCAUCUGUGAAUACAGAUGCAGUUCGGAAAACAGACUGAAGAAUCAUAAGGCGUCAGCGAAGCAUUUAAGUAUGAAAGAUUACCUUUUAACGGGAAAGCCCUUAGAGAAUUUAACUGCAAAAGAAGAGAAGAUAUCAGAUGCGUUGAGAGCGAAUGAGAGGGAUGUUAAAAAGAGAAGGAUGUCGGAAGAAGAGCCUAGUCAUUCAAGUUCUGGUCAAACGACUUGCGAUGUGUGUGGGGAAAAAUUCUCGAGUGAAAAGAAGAUGUUGGACCAUAAACAAACACAUCCGUUUAUAGAGUUUCCGAACGAAGAUCAGCCGUCUAGGAUAUUUUUUAAAUAAUACUUGCCUUUUUGUUUUAA